AUGGCACUUACUUUCCCCCCUUUGAUGUACGAACUUCUAGCUUUUGCGGCCUUGCAUCUCGCAUAUCUUCGUCCUGCCAAUGCUGCUUGGUACCUCAGGAAGUCAACCGAACUUCAGACCGAAGCACUGAGUAUGUUUACAGCCCAGAGUACCGUCGACGAAUCCAAUUGCGGGCCAGUACUAUUGUUCACCUCGGCUCUGGGACUGCAUAUGCUCUGCGACCCUAGCAGAAUGCAAGACUCUGGGUCCAGUCAGUACUUAGACCAAGUCAUUGAAACCCUUGGGCUUCUAGGUAGGGUCAAGGGACUGAGCAUAACGGGGUGGGAACAGCAGCUCAAGCAAUCCGAACUCAAACCGCUUUUUCUAGUUAAACAUCCGGCCAAGCCCUAUGAUAUCCCACAACCCUGUAUUGACUUGCUGAUGAUCGCGCAAAAUUCCGACUUGAGUGCUGAAGCACGCGAGGCGUAUACACAGGCCAUCGAACGGCUUCACUGGGCCUUUGCCAUAUCCGAGACCCCUUAUCGAAAACACUCGACGACCAAAUGGCUUGCAGCGUGGCCCAUUCAGCUCAGCGAAAAAUACCUAGACUUGUUGAGUCGGCGUAUGCCAGAAGCUCUCAUUGUCGUUGCAUAUUUUGGUGCAUUGAUGGGUUUUUAUGCAGACUGCUGGGCAGUAGGAGAUAAGGGCAUGGCGCUCAUUCGCGCAAUCAAUGCACAAGUUGGCCCUAGAUGGCAGAGAUGGAUGCAAUGGCCAUGUUCCUUUCUUAUAAGUGAUGGACCAUGA